GGAGUGAGGGAUGAGAGCCCCCCUUCUCCACCCAACCAGGGGACAGCUCAGGGUAAGAAGGUAAAAGAUCCCUGGACACCAUUGGCCGAGCCUAGGAGGGAGGCAGUGCAUUUUAGUCUCCCUGCCCGGCCUUGGUCCCUACCCCGAUCCAUGGCAGCCCUUUCAGGAAAUUUAGUGGAAAUUAAUUCAGACCUGCAGUGGAGUCCGCCAGCCUCCCUCUUCUCCCAGCUCCUCCCAAGGCGCUUUCAUCACCUUUCUGUCAGACUCGGACCAUCCCUCCUGGGCUUCAUCUGCAAGCAGCCCUCGUCUCCCUGCGAGCACUCACCUCUUUCACCCCUUCUUCCUUCCAACCCCAGUCUCCACAUCCUCCUGUUCCCCCUUCUCCCUCCUCAAGCCCCUGCCUCCCAGUUGCCUCCCACCCUCUUUCUUCUUGUCCCUGGCACUUGCAGCAAGAGGGAGAGAGAAAGUCCCUGACAGGAUUGACCGUCACUCCCCAUCCUCCCCCUCUUCUGCUCCCUCCGCCUAGCAGGUCCAGAUUUCUCCCUACAAAAGGCUGGAGGCAGAGGCUGUGUGAGACCAGCUGCCUGCACCUUCCCUUUCCUUUGCCUUCUGCUGGCUCGGUUGGGCUGUGUCUUUGUUUUCUCUUUCUCCAGGUGAGAGUGGGUACCUGAGGUACCAGGUCCUCCUCCUCAUUCUCCAUGAAUGCUGUGGAAAGCCCCGAGGGACAGGAGCUGCAAAAGCUGGGGAGCGGAGCCUGGGACAACCCUGCCUACAGCGGUCCCCCCACCCCACCUGGGACACUGAAUAUCUGCACCAUUUCCAGUACGGUGCCCCCCCCACCCCAACUCGAGAAGCCUAAAGAUGGACCCCAGGGAAAGAUACAUAAGACCCUGGUGUCCAGUUGCUGCCUCCAGAUCCGUCAUGGCAUCAGAGGACUUUGGGGAACAACCUUGACUGAGAACACAACUGAGAACCGGGAACUUUAUGUCAAGACGACCCUGCGGGAGCUUUUGGUGUACAUCGUGUUCCUGGUAGACAUCUGUCUCUUGACCUACGGAAUGACAAGCUCCAGUGCCUAUUACUACACCAAAGUGAUGUCUGAGCUCUUCUUACAUACCCAGUCAGACACUGGAGUCUCCUUCCAGGCCAUCAGCAGCAUGGCAGACUUCUGGGAUUUUGCCCAGGGCCCACUACUGGACAGUUUGUAUUGGACCAAAUGGUACAAUAACCGGAGCCUGGGCCGUGGAUCCCACUCCUUCAUCUACUAUGAGAACCUUCUGCUGGGAGUUCCAAGGCUGCGGCAGCUGCGGGUCCGCAAUGACUCCUGUGUGGUGCAUGAGGACUUCCGUGAGGACAUUUUGAGCUGCUACAACGUCUACUCUCCAGACAAAGAAGAGCAGCUCCCCUUUGGGCUGCUCAAUGGCACAGCAUGGACAUACCAUUCUCAGGAUGAGCUGGGGGGCUCCUCUCACUGGGGCCGGCUCACAAGCUACAGUGGAGGUGGCUACUACCUGGACCUUCCAGGAACUCUACAGGCCAGUGCAGAGGCACUUAGGGACCUUCAGGAGGGCCUGUGGCUGGACAGGGGCACUCGAGUGGUCUUCAUUGAUUUCUCCGUCUACAAUGCCAACAUCAAUCUCUUCUGUGUUCUGAGACUAGUGGUAGAGUUUCCAGCCACAGGAGGUGCCAUCCCAUCCUGGCAAAUCCGCACAGUUAAGCUGAUCCGCUAUGUCAGCAACUGGGACUUCUUUAUCGUUGGCUGUGAGGUCAUCUUCUGCAUCUUCAUUUUCUACUAUGUGGUGGAGGAGAUCCUGGAGCUCCACAUCCACCGGCUUCAUUACCUCAAGAGCAUCUGGAAUAUUCUGGACCUGGUGGUCAUCUUGCUCUCCAUUGUGGCCGUGGGCUUCCACGUAUUCCGAACCCUCGAGGUGAAUCAGCUGAUGGGGAAGCUCCUGCAGCAGCCAAACACAUACGCUGAUUUUGAGUUCCUUGCCUUCUGGCAGACACAGUACGACAACAUGAAUGCUGUCAACCUCUUCUUUGCCUGGAUCAAGAUAUUCAAGUAUAUCAGCUUCAACAAGACCAUGACCCAGCUCUCCUCCACGCUGGCCCGCUGUGCCAAGGACAUCCUGGGCUUCGCUGUCAUGUUCUUCAUCGUUUUUUUUGCCUACGCCCAGCUAGGCUACCUGCUUUUUGGGACCCAAGUGGAAAACUUCAGCACUUUCAUCAAGUGCAUCUUCACUCAGUUCCGGAUCAUCCUUGGGGACUUUGAUUACAAUGCUAUUGACAAUGCCAACCGCAUCCUGGGACCUGCCUACUUUGUCACCUAUGUCUUCUUCGUCUUCUUUGUGCUUCUGAACAUGUUCCUGGCCAUUAUCAAUGACACAUACUCAGAGGUCAAGGAGGAGUUGGCUGGACAGAAGGAAGAGCUACAGCUUUCAGACCUCCUGAGACAGGGGUACCACAAGACCCUACUGAGGCUGCGUCUAAGGAAGGAGCAGGUUUCGGAAGUGCAGAAGGUCCUGCAGGGUGGGGAGCAGGAGAUCCAGUUCGAGGACUUCACCAACACCUUGAGGGAGCUGGGGCACACGGAGUAUGAGAUCACUGAGCUCACAGCUGCCUUCACCAGGUUUGACCAAGAUGGGAAUUGCAUCCUGGAUGAGAAGGAGCAGGAACAAAUGCGACAGGAUCUGGAGAAGGAGAGGGUGGCCCUCAACGCUGAGAUUGAGAACCUGGGCCAGUCCAUUGUGAGUAGCCCACCAGGCGAGUCGAGUCCAGAGGCUGCCAGAGCAGGUGGCUGGGUUUCAGGAGAAGAAUUCUACACGCUCACAAGGAGAGUUUUACAGCUGGAGACCACCCUGGAAGGAGUCAUGUCCCAAGUUGAUGCCGUGGGCUCAAAGCUGACUAUGCUGGAGAGGAAGGGGCAGCUGACUCCCUCUUCAGGCAUGGGGGAACAAGGCAUUUGGGAGCACCUGCAGGCAGUCCCAGCCAUGACUCGCCCCUGGGGACUCCAGAGUGGACAGGAGAGUGGGGGGGGAGGGGUCCUAAGGCAUCAGACAGCAGGCUCCUCCCUCACCACCUCCCUGGAAGGACCCUUGGCACGUGCCCUCCACUUCUAGGGCAGCAGUUCCCGCCAUUGCUGCUGCUGAGUUCCACCCUAUGUCUGGCCAUUUGAGCCAAUGUUUCUGUGUGUAGCCAUGUAGCUCUGUGAAAUAACAGAGCUCUCACUCCCUGUACUCUGAGCUCUGUUUAGAUGAUUUAAAAAAAUAGUCAAUAACAAACAGAAUAAAGGAAGGGAGGGUAAUGACUUUCCUAAGCAUCUGGAUAGCCACCAUUUGUGAAAAAAGUAGAAGCUGAGAGAAUAGCAGUAUCUACAUGUCUUCCUCCUUGCCAGUGAAUCUUCUCUGUGCAUCUAGAGAUAUGUUGCCAGCACCCAUGGAGUUCAAGUCUUCUCCAUAGACCUUCCCUGUGAAAGAGAAUGGGAAGCCAGAGAGGAGAGGAGCCUUUCUCAUGUGAGGAGGUUAUAAUGUCGCAGAGGAUCUAGAGUGAUGAUGUUCCCCAACUUUCCCCCAGCAAAGUCCAUGAAGACUCAGUGGAAGAGCCUGCCUUCAGACAUGCCACUGAACACUGAGGGGGCUGUAAACCAGGAUGAAGAUGGAGCCUGAGGAGAAUCCGGCAAAGAAAGGACUUCAGGAUUCCAAGAUCUUUGGAUAAAAUGUGGUUGGCUCCGAUUCUGUCCUUCGAUAGGACAACGUGGGUUCCCCUGGUGACAGUCAAUAAAAAUUCUUAGGAAACCCAGGACUUGGUACUUGUUUCUGGGAUUGCAUGGGAGGAGAAGAGAGGUUGGAACUGUGAGCCAUUCUUGUACUUGGGCUGGAGAAAUCUCAUCCCUGCUGGGAGGUGUAGAGUCUAGCAGUGACAAUGUGAAGAAGCUGGGCUGCCCCAGGAGUCCUAAAAUAAAAACUCUGGCUUAUAGGAAUGGUUUGAAAUGGUGGGCACUGUGAUUGUACCACUGGAGAGAGUGGAAACAGUGACCUAGGGAGACCUUAGAGUGAAGAGAGUAAGGUG